AUGCUCCACCAUCGUCCAACAAGGGUCCUGGUGCAACUCAGCCGCGCGAGGACUAGCAGAAGGUGCGCCAGGAUAAAUGGCAUCCACUCGCAUAGUUACCAACAGGGAAACGUGCCUUUGGUAAUCAAUGGACAAGAUGUCACGACAAGCGAAAGUUUCGAGGUCAUCAGUCCACUGACUGGCAAGCCCAUCUGGCGUACAGCGACGGCAUCCAAGCAAGAAGUGCUCGACGCAGUCGAAACUGCCCAGAGCGUGUUCCCUGCAUGGUCAAAAACCAAACCACACGAGCGACGAGACAUCUUCCUGCGGGCUUCUGAUCUUAUGGUCAAGCGCCGAGAAGAACUCGGAGAGUACAUGCACCAGGAAAUCGGCGCCAAUAGGCAAUACCAGGACUUCAUCUUGGGAUUAAGCAUUGAGGGGCUGCGAGACACUGCAGGAAGAAUUGCUGGUGCCAUGCAGGGCCAAGUCCCAGUCUCAAUGCAUCCAGGAAUGAACUCGAUCAUCCACAAGCGACCGUACGGUGUUAUUUUAGGAAUCGCGCCAUGGAAUGCUCCAUAUCACCUUGGUCUUCGUUCUAUUACUUUCGCCCUAGCGGCCGGCAAUACUGCUAUUCUUAAAGGGCCAGAGCUCUCUCCGAAAUGUUACUGGGCAUUUGUUGAUGUGUUCAGAGAAGCCGGUCUUCCCGAUGGAACACUCAAUCUCCUCUUCCAUCGGCCCGCGGAUGCUGGGCCAGUGACAGAAAUGCUCAUUUCUCAUCCACAUGUGAAGAAGAUCAAUUUUACUGGCAGCACCAAGGUUGGAAGUAUUAUUUCUGCCACUGCUGGGAAGCACCUGAAGCCCGUUUUGAUGGAGCUUGGAGGCAAGGCAAACGCGAUUGUGUUAAAAGAUGCUGAUAUCGAAAAAGCUGCUCUACAUUGUGCGAAUGGCGCGUUUCUCAAUGCUGGUCAAAUUUGCAUGUCCACUGAACGUAUUCUCGUUCAUUCGUCUAUCGCUUCUAAAUUCGAGUCGGUGCUUAAGGAAACAACAUCCCGAUUAUUUGGAUCUCCUGAGACAACUCCCGUCGUCGUCACUUCGGCGUCGGCUAAGCGAAAUCGCGAGCUUGUUGCGAGCGCCGUGUCCCAAGGAGCCCAAAUUCUCUCCGGAACCACAGAUAUAGUACACGAUACGGACACAAGGAUUAGCCCCAUUGUGGUCAGCAAUGUGGACAAGUCAAUGGGCUUGUAUGGGACGGAGUCUUUUGGGCCUAGCGUCUCGCUUUAUACUUUUGAAACGGUAGAGGAAGCUGUGGCGUUGGCAAAUGACACAGAGUAUGGGCUCGCAGCAUCAAUAUUCACUGAAAACCUCGCAGAGGCCUUCCAACUAGCAGAACUGCUCGAUUCCGGGGCGGUGCAUAUCAACUCCAUGACUAUCCAUGACGAGUUCGCCCUCCCUCAUGGAGGCGUCAAGAAGAGUGGAUUCGGUCGUUUCAACGGCUAUCAGGGCUUGGACGAAUUCUUGUACUGCAAGACAGUUACCUGGAUGCAAUAA